AAUAGAGCAAACUUUAUUAACGACUAGGAAACAAAUAUAACUUGUAUUAGCCUCCGGCACAGAUCUCUAAUUGAAAUUUGAAAACUCUCAUAAUUUUUUUAGAAUGCCUGGAUGGAGAGAGAUAUAUUGCAUUGCAUGAGGGAGAUGCCAUGCUUUGUUAUUUUUGUAUUUUCUAGCUUUCUAGGAAAAAAAAGUAGAAAAUUACUUAAAUUCGAUAUCUCACUACAAUUUUUUUAAUUCUUCACUCUAAAAAUAGAUCUUUAAACUAAUGAUUUUUUAUUAUGCUUAAAAUAUAUCAUUCAAUUUCAGGUACCUUGCAACAGGAGAAUCCUUUCGAUCUUUAGCUUUCACUUAUCGUAUCUGUCAUACCUGGAUUAGCCAUAUUAUUGAAGAAGUUUUAGACAGUAUAAUAAAGAACGCCAUGCCCUUAUAUAUGCCACAACCUACAGAAGAAAUGUUUAAGAACAUUGAAAAAGAAUUUUUUAGAUUGUGGAAUUAUCCCAAUUGUUGUGGUGCUAUUGAUGGAAAACAUAUUAAAAUUGUGUGCCCGAAAAAAAGUGGCAGUGCGUAUUUCUGUUACAAAGAUUAUUUUUCUACUGUUUUGCUGGCAUUAGUAGAUGCUCGUUAUUGUUUCCUUUCAGUAGAUGUGGGUUCAUACGGAAAAGAAGGCGAUAGUACUAUCUUUCAAAACUCUAAUUUAAAGAAGAAUAUAGAGUUAGGAGUAAUUAAACUUCCUGAACCGAAAUGUCUCCCACAUACCAAAAUUCUAAGUCCGCAUGUGUUCGUAGGUGAUGCGGCAUUUGCUUUAACCUGCAAUAUGAUGAAGCCCUACCCUGAAUCUCAAGCCCUGCGCGAUGAGGAGAAAUCGGCUUAUAAUUAUCGGCAUUGCAGGGCAAGAAGAACAUCAGAAAAUGCUUUUGGUAUUUUAUGCCAAUAUUUUAGAGUUUUUUUUAAGCCAAUUGCAUGCAAAAUUACUAUGGUAAAUAAGUUAAUUUUAGCCUGUUGCAUCCUGCACAAUAUGCUUCGUCGUAGAAAUGUAGCUUGGCCGAAGGAACAGGGGAAGAAAAAAAGUUUGCAGCUGCCCAAAAAGAACUUAUUGAAACCUGCCGCUUGUAACAACAAUCAUGCUUCUUUUAAAGCUAAACUCAUAAGAGAAAAUUUUGCAAAAUAUUUCAGUAGUAAAGAUGGUUCCUUAAAAUGGCAAGCAGGGAAAGUCAAGAGGGCUUAAUAGGAAUCUUGCAAUUUUCAUUUAAAAAAUAAUUGAACGCUUCUGUAUAAUAAUAAAUACUGUAAAUAAUCAAUUUAAUGUCUGCAAUAAAUUCCUACUAUUCUAUGCUAAAAAAUAUA